AUGAAUUCUGCCGGGCGGUGGCCACCCGCCAAGGCCACGCGAAACCCGCACGGAGUCGAAGUGAAGGAAGUUCUUUUCUUCGAAGGCAAAUUCCCACAGCUUCAUUCCAUCUCGUUUUUUACCCACAUUUUCUCGAUCUUUCUCAUCUUUCUCUCAAACCCUCCACAUCUCCCUCUCCGCGCCAUCAGAACCGAGAACUCUUUCUCACUUCACCUAUACUUCCCGCUUUUCCGCAAUCUCAAAGCGCCUCGCUUUUUUUUGGUUCUUUACGUGAUUUCCUUCUAUCCUCUUCAAUUGCUUGCAUUGGUGCUGCGUUUAUUUCGCAUCUCAAGCGAGGGAAACACGACAAUUCCAUUUUUAGAACGUUCAUCGCUUUCUUCUUCAUAA